UUCACAGCUGUUUUAAUUGCGCGCCGGCAAAGGCGAAUGAAAAUACAAUUUAAUCACUUAAUUAAGCGUUUAUUAUGAACGAUAUCAAGCGAUUGAAGGAUCAGCAGCGCGAGAAGCAUCCAGGAUUCGAUGGUUACAUCGACUGCAUGACCCGCUCCCUUUUCACAGGACUCGCCACGUUUUGUUUGAGUUUUUCCGGUACCUAUUUCGCCCAGAAGAUCAUACAAUCCCGCAUUCGCUAUCCGGUUAAGUACAAUAUACUGGUUUCCUCGCUGGUGGCCACCGGAGUGUCCUACCAAACGACUUCGUCCCGCACGAAAUCCUGUCAAGCGGCGUGGAUGGCCUUUGAGGAAAAGCAUUCUGUGCUUAAGGAGAAAACCUUUUAGUUAUAGCAGUUCAUCAGUACAACCCUAGUUAGUCUUAGU